UGCCGCCACGGAGGAUCAAGCUGGUGAGCGAGGCGGGGCUGGAAGUGAGCGGACUUUAUUGGACCCUACCACGUGGGCGCCACCUUGACCCUGCAGUGCCACGUGGACGGCGGCCGCCCUCCACCUUCCGUCACCUGGUGGAGCGAAUCCGUGAUGCUGGACGAGGUGGUGGAAGAGCAGCAGCCCGGAGCAAGUCUCAACACCCUCUCCCUCCCAGCGCUUACCCGCGGGGACCUGUACCGAGUGCUCACCUGCAAGGCAUCCAACUCCAACCUGUCGGUGCCUCUUGCUGCUGCCGUGACUGUGGACAUGAGCUUCCCGCCGCUGGAGGUGCGCAUCUUGGGGCUGCGCGAGGGUCCUUACUCAGAGGGGCAGCAAUACAAGCUAGUGUGUGAGUCCACCGGGUCACGCCCCUCAGCUACCAUCACCUGGUGGAAGGAUGGCAUGCUGAUGACAGACACAAGGAACCAGGUAUUCCAGGAGGGUAACGUGAGUCGGUCCACCCUCCACCUGACACCCACACUGGCUGACCACGACACCUACAUAUCGUGCCGCGCCGCCAACCCCGUGGUGACGACGGCGGUGAUGGAGGACUCUACUAAACUCAAUGUCUACUACACGCCGCGCCUGUCCCUGGCGGCGGGGAACAGCGUCAAUCUGGAUGACAUCAAGGAGGGGGACGACGUGUACUUCGAGUGUGGUAUCAAGGCCAAUCCCAGCAUCUACAAGGUCCAGUGGUUCCAUAACGGAGAGGAGAUUGCUCACAACAUCUCAGCCGGUAUCAUUCAGACCAACCAGUCCCUCGCACUGCAGCGGCUCACCAAGACCUCUUCGGGCCAAUACACGUGUGCAGCCUCCAACAAGCACGGCAGUAGUGGUUCCAACGCCGUCCAGCUUAGCGUCAAGUUCUCGCCUCUGUGUCGGCCUGGACAGACGCAUGUGUUCGGGGCGGCCAAGAACGAGCAACUCAAUAUCACCUGCAGCGUGGAGGCACACCCGGAGCCGUCCUCCUUCAGGUGGGCAUUCAACAGUUCCUCCGAGGUGGUGGACAUUCCGUCAGCACGCGUAAGGUCUGCGGGGAAGGGACGCAGUCAGGUGAGCUACGUCCCCACUCGCCACCAGGACUACGGCUCGCUGCUCUGCUGGGCCUCCAAUGACGUGGGUGUGCAGAGGCAGCCGUGCAUCUACCAUGUGAUACACGCAUCCCCGCCAGACCCUGUCAACAACUGCACGGUGGAGAACAUCAGCUCGUCCGGGGUGGGCGUCAGGUGCCAGGCGGGGUGGGACGGAGGCCUGGCCCAAACCUUCACCCUCUCCGUGACGCACGCACGAGCGCAUACCUCCCGCGGCCACCAGUCCCGGAAGGCGGCGCCGCGUGUUCUCGCUAACACUUCCACCGCGCCUCGCCCUGAAUUUGCCCUGACUGGUCUGGAGCCCGGCACGGAGUACCUGCUCACCAUCAUGGGCGUCAACAGCAAGGGCCAGAGCGAGCCUGUCAGGAUCGGCGUCUCCACACUCAGGGACGUGGCGGAGAAACGCACUAGUCCAGUGGGUAGUGCCCUGGCCCUCACCUCCCUGUUGGGCGUGGUGCUCGGGGUGCUGGCGUCCUUGCUGGUGAUGGCGGCCGUGGUAGUGACGCUCGUGAGAAGGGCACGCAGCCAGCAUAAGCCUGAGGUGAAGAUGGUAUACCACAAGGGAGCAGGCGGGCAUCAUUUGCCUGACGAGGUGGAUGACACCAAUCCAGACGUGAUUCCUGUCAAUGAUGACCACCAGGUGCAACAGAACUCCCAGCAGACUAAGCAGCAGACUUCGCAGCAGCAACAGCAGCAACAACAGCAGGUCCACCAGACGGCAGCUGACGUGGACGUGAAUUCAGAGCGUCAGCAACCAUCACACCUGGACUUGUAUGACGGAGGGCAAGUGCAGCCGCCCCUCACCAAGGAGUACAUGCAGGGCCACGAGGGAUCCUUCUAUAUCAACCCCGGCACCCUCAUGCGCCAAGGCGGAGCAGGACGGGAGCAGGACCUGAGGUCUAGUGGGAGGACCUCUCGCAGCCUCCACGCCAACAGCAGCAGCUCCCUCCCAGCCCCCUAUGUACCACUCACCGCACCUGUCCACGCUUCCCAUGCCUCAGUACGCCUGUGAGGCCGUGCCCUACACCCAGGCCGGCACCCCACCCUACUCCCGGGAGAUGUCCUUCAUGCCCAUCCCCUCAGCGUACCGCCAGGACCUACAUCCUCACUCUGAUGUCUACACCCCAGACUCUUACGCCUCAGACCUGUCCUGUAUGCCUUCCCCCUACCCCUCUUACUCCCUCAGCCUGGGGCGCGACGGCAGGCUGGCGGGGCAACAGAACCCUGCUUGCCUCCCUCCAGGGCCUCACCCCCUUGGCCCCCCACCUGAUCCUGAUUGCCCUGGGAACACCCAUUGACUAGUCCCUGGGAAGGCUCCAGCGACAGAAGCGGCAGCCCUAGUCACCGAGAGAGCUCCGUCUAAGGGGUGACUGCGGUAGCGUCUCAAUGGACCAGAUCGCCGCCUCCCUCAGGAACGAAUGAACGUCAGUGUGGGGCGGGUGUGGUGGCGUGGCGCUGCGGCUGCUGUGGCUGGUCCCCUUUGUGCUUCACGGAGCUGACCUGCGCCAGAUCAGCCUCCAUCGAGUUCUCAGGGGAAUCUGUCCGUGUGUUUGUGUGUGUUUCUAUCACUCUACUUUUGUACGUUGUCA